AGUCACUCGGCAUGAGAUCUGGUGAUGCUGGUGACCUUUUUCUUGGAACUGUUGGUACCAACGAAGAAUGCUCUGAGAUGUUGGAGGUUCACUGCCAGACUGACAGUCAGAAACUCUAUGACCCCCCUCUUUCAAUUGGAAUGUGAUUGGUUCCUAGGCACCUCACGGUUGUAAAACUACGGAGCGUUGAAAUCGGAUGAAUAUUUUUGAAUCACCCUGUAUGUGUGGCUUUCUCAGAGGGAGGUCCAGUGUGUAAAUUAUUCUUAAGUGUUUAGUGAACAAUGUUAUGAAUGUUUUCCACAAAGUCCAUGCCAGCUGGAGUGCACACUGUCAUUAAAGCAAAACAAGGCAAAUACCAAAAACUAACUAUGUUAAACUUUCAAAGAUUCUACUUCAUUCAAAACUUCAAAUGAAAAAUGUGAAUGUGUUAAAUUAGAAAAGAAGGCACAACAGAAGCAUUUUCACUGGUGGUCUCAGAUUUUGGAUCCUUACCGCAGACUGUGAACUAAAAAUAUAUAUCCAGAUUUGCAUACCACACUAUAUCAUGAUGCUCCAUACAGUUCUUUCACUUCCUCACUUGAGGCAGCGUUAAACCCAGGGAGACUCAUGCUGCUUUCACUUCACCUCUCAGCGCAACAAAACACAGCAAUCGACAGGCAGUUCUACACAAAUCUGGAACAGAAGGUGGCGAUUAAGGAUGCUGUGUGAAAGCAGUCUCUGGCGCAUGACGUUUUGCACUGACUCUGACCAUGUGGGUCUUUCUGCACGCUGCCCAGCAGCACCUCCGAAAUCUCCUCCACUGACUGCUGCCCUUUUGGCCCAAAUGGUCCCUCCAGUGCGUUCAUCUUCAGAGAAGCAGAGCAGCAGCUCCUCUAGAGAGGCCCAGUCCAAGCAGGGCGACUCCCAGCCUCCUUCUGCAGCAGCCCCCCUGGACUCCCGACAUCUUUCUCCAGGCGUUGGCAUCCCUGGGAGGGAGGAGUCUUCUGGGGCUGAAGGCUUCCUGGUGCCUUCCAGCUGCCACAGCAUCUGCCAACACUACAGUGACCUGCACAUAGCUGGGGAACAGGUGAUGCCUCUCAGUCCCAGUGCAGGAGAUCCAGCAGGCAGCUACUUGCAAGACCUCCACCCAGGACCUUUCCUACUAUCUGGAGAUGUUCCUCCUCCCUCCUUGCUUCCUCCUCCCCAGGUCCCUGAAUCCAGGACCUCCAGAUGGAGGGAGGGCAGCGGGCGCGAGCGUCCCUCUCUGCUGCAGGAUGGUCGGCCACUUUCCAACUCCCAGCUGAACAGCUACCUGGAGCAGAAGCUGUUGGAGUUGUACAAAGAGUACCUGACCGAGGGCCCAGCCGGGCCACUGCCUCUCAUGGCCUCAGAGCUUCUGCAGAGCAGCCUGGAACAGAUCACUCUGCAGCUGAGCCGAGAGCAGAAGCUGGAGGCGGCACGGGCCAAAGACAUGCUGCUAAGCUUCCUGUUGAGAGCUACCAGCAGCCAGCAGUCCAGCCAGAUCAGCACCCCACUGCUUCAGAUCUCCACCCAGACAAAGUGAGGAGGCUGGAGGGAGGAGGGCAAAACAGGAGAAAGAAUGGAAGGAGGUGGGAGACAAUGCAAAGGGAGUAAUAAGAUAUAUAAUAUAGUGGGAUAAAAAGAGUAUGGACUUUGUUUGGACCUUCUUUAAAAUAAUCUUGCAUUUAUUAUCUUGGUAAAAUGUAGAGACGGAUAUCACUUAGAAUUUCUAGUACUACUCGAUAUGAGUGCAGCAUUUGAACAAGGUGUGCAAUACAGUAGGACUCAGGGGGUCCAGGUCACUUCUAAUUGACCCUUUGGAACCCAAAUCAAAAUUCUUAGGGGUCCAUAUGUCAUGGUGUUGCAACUUCGAUUAAGGAAAAACAUAGUCAAAAACAAAAUGCAAUUUUUUCGUGAGUGAUUUUUUAAAACUUCCCAGGAUCUAUUGUGAAAUGAAAAAGACAACCCAUUUUGUUCACUAUUGAGACUAGCAUCAGCACUGCCACAAUGAAUUAGCAAGCACAGUGAUUCCCUCUGAUUCCCACUGGGUAUUUCUUACACUGCCAUCAAUCAUAAUAUUUUACUGAAAAGGCAUGAUAACAUGGUCAUUUUGGUCAAGUUCUGACCAAUUUAUUAGUGCAAAUGGGGAGAUUUCAGAACCUAAAAGAGUACAAUGUGGUGUUCCCCAAGGUUCUAUUUUAGGUCCCUUACUGUUCUCCCUUUAUUUACAGCCAUUAAGACAUGUCAUUUGCAAACACAAUGUUGCCUUUUGUUUUUAUGCUGAUGGUACAGGAAUACAUAUCAGCUCUGCCACAUACAGUGACACAGUUACACAAAGGGAAAUAUAUGGUUAAAAACAUAAAAGCCUGGGUGACCAGGAACUUCCUUCUUCUAAGGUCUUGCAUAAGACAUUUAAAGUCCUUAAUGACCUUUGCCGUUAUAGCCCAGCCAGACCACUUUGUUCAGCUGAAGCUUACUGCAGAUCCUAGAACCAACUGCAACUCUUUUGGUAGAAGAACUUUCUUUCAUUUAGCUCUUAUGAGAUUAAAAACACAUUUGUUCUAUUCGUUCAUGCCUAGUUUUUCGAUCUCUUAUUAAUCUGCAGUUUGGAAUUGUGCUGUCCAUCCGUUCUACCUAUUCAUAUAAACCAUGUUUUAGAUUUCAAUGUUCUGCUUAUCAUACUGUGUAAACCUUUUGUAACAUAAAAUGAAGUACUGUAUGAAUUAAAUUAUAUCCAGUAAUUUUUAAGUCAUUUAACAUUUAAGUAAUAAGUAAUUUUACUUGAUAUUUCAAGACAUACUAAAUUUUCCAUGAAAAUGAAUAAGUAGCAAAACAUAAAAUACAUUAUACAUGAAAGUAAAUAAUGAUGUCCGUUAGAGACAUGUUAAUUAAUCACACUUUAAUAAUUUAUAAACACUGCCACAUGUCUUUGCCUCUGCUUAUAAUAUACACACUGUUUUUGUUGGAAAUGAGUUAUGACUGCAAAGCAACUGUCUGGCAAAAUUUGAUGUGCAUGUCUGAUCACUGCUUGACAUUGAUUUCAAUAAAUAAACCUUUAAAAACGGGUUCUUCAAAGGUUCUUUAAUAAAGGCAACGGUUACAUAUGAAAUCAGGACAACUCAAAGAACCAUUUGAAUGUUUUCAUGGUUCUCUAUAAUGAAGAAACUGUUGUAUUUGGUUCUUAAAGAACCUUUCAAAAUGGUUCUAUAUAGCACCAAAAAGGGUUACACUAUUGUUAUGAAUCAAAGAACAUUUUUGUUACUAUAUAAAACCCUUUUUGCAAAACUAUUUCAUUGCUUGGCUCUCGUACUAUAGAUCACAUUGAGGCUUGUGGAAAAUGGCACACAUGGUCUAUGACUAUCUAAGUUUCACAGAAAUGAAUGUGUACUUUAUGUACUGUAUCUGUAGCACAGCUUACAAACAGUUUACUGUAACUAUAUUAGUAUAGGCCUAUAUCUGCCAGUGUUAGAACUCCAUAUAGAACCACAUACACUGAACAGUGUUCACUUCCCACAUUGUUGACACUCAUUGGAAAAAUAGGGCUCCCCCACGUCCCAAAUUCCAGUUUAACCCCUGAUCUUAACCAAACUUACAACAGACAAAAACAAUACAAGACAAAAACAGGAAACCCAACAACCUGGUUUGUGUUACUGUUAUCAGGGUCACAGAAGAGCUUCAGAAAUGAAGAUGA